AUGAAAUGUCCUCUGGAAUUAAAAGAAGAAAUAUUGGAAUUGAAUUACCAACCCCCAAACCACAUAAACCUGAUCGGUAGCUAUGCAUACAACACUGAUUUCUCAAAAGAGCAGAAUGAUGUUGAUAUUAUUAUAGAAAUUCCAAAGGAAUGCACACACCCAAAGGACUACCUGAAUGAGCGAAUAUUAAGACGAAGAGCUUUGUAUUUGCAACAUGUAGCUGCCAUCAUCAGCAAGUUAAGUUGGGUGCACAAAGUGACAUACCUCUACAGAGACGGUUUUGACAAAUUGCCCAUCCUUUGUCUUUACUCAAAGCCUGAAAGUGUCCUAGCAUCCACUCGAUUCCUAAUAAACACCACCAUAGACAGCAGAGCUUUCAAACUGCAUAGAUACAAUAUAAAGAAAAACAACAUCAGAAGGAGAUGGUACUUCAAGGGCACUAGCAAACCCAUUGAAGAGCCAUUAAGUAUGCACUAUAACACAUGGGUCCUCAAUCAAUUAACAUGUGCAUCCAACUUUGAAUACCUGAACAAAAAAUUGAAAGAUGAAUGCUCGCUUCAGGCUGGUAUCAAGUUGUUGAAGAUGUGGAUGGAUAGGAAAGCAUUGAACAAGGGCUAUGCCUCAGGUCUCUUUAUUACUGCUUAUGUGUUGUUCCUGCUAGCCAAUGAAAAGUUGAGGGCCAACAUGAGUCCGUACGAAAUAUUCAGAAUAACACUUUCCAAUUUAGGUUUGUUUGUGAUUUUUUCAGAUAUUUUGUUGACAAAAUUUGCUGAUGAUCAAUUCAAACCUACAAUGGAAGACUUCCAUUCAUGUUUUGAUGUCGUCUUCGUUGAUGUGACUGGGCACGUCAAUCUGUGUGCUGACAUGAACAUUUGCAUGUAUGAUAUGUUGCGUUACGAAGCCAGCGAGACAUCAAAGUUUCUAUCAUCAAACUGCGUUGAAAAGUUUGAAUUAAUAUUUCUCGACAAGACAAGCUAUUCCUCCAAGUUUGACCACAUUCUGAGCAUAGAGACAAAAGAAAGCAUCAAGACACUAUCUGUGAAAAGUAAAAAACUUCAGAGCCACUUGAUUGAUUACUGUGGCAAUUAUACACUGGCAUCAUUCCAGCUGAUCAUCAAGGUUCUCAAGAAGGCACUCGACAAUAGGAUAAAAUUCAUUGCCUGCUUGCCUUUUGAUGAUGUUGAGGUUUCGUCUUGGAGCAUUUUUCAACAAUUUGUCUUAUAUGUACUUAAAUCAAUUUUAUUAAAAUUAGGCCUCCUGCUGGAACCUUUGAAUGCCAACAUACCAGAAGAACGGGGUCCUCCUGCCAACAGUCCUCAGGUGCAUGAAUUUCAAAAGUUCUGGGGUGAGAAGGCCGAACAAUACAGAUAUGCAGGCGGAGACAUUGUGGAGGUGGUAAGGUGGCCAAAGGAUAACAUGUCCAGUGCCAGGACUAUCGUUCCACGGAUCGUCAAAUUCAUUCUUAAUAGGCAUUUUGCAUUUGCAAAAGAGGCAAUCCAAAUGACAGGCAGUCAACUGGAUCAUGUAUUGAAGCCCGUUGAGGGAAAGGCUUCUUCUGACAGUUCCAUAUAUGGUACAGGGGAGGAACAACAUGAUGAUGUCAUCAAAUCAUUUGAUGCUCUCUCCAAAGCUUUAAGAUCAUUGGAGGACCUGCCACUGACCUUCAACACAAUUCAAGGUCUCUCUCCCAUCUUCAGAUACACAGAAGUCUUUCCACCAGUGCAGUCAACGAGUCAGUCUGAUGCUGUAGCCCUCCAGCACCGGCUCAUACCAGGCAACAACAAAAACUGCCCACAAUUUUUCCCAAAGUUUCAAGUGCUGUGCAUGAUGGAGCGCAGUGGCAAGUGGUCCGACGAUAGGGAAGUUAUCCGUCGUCUGAAGGGGGCCUUCUACAUCAAACUCGCUGAGCUGUUGAAGACCAAAUUCAAUUAUUCAUACUUGGUCUACAUGGAUAAGCUGCAGCUUUACAAAUCACCUGCCAGGUAUGUUUUUGAAUUGAAAAUUGGAUUCUCAAAGGAGCUGUCGUUGAGUAGACGAGUGGCCUUACCUGGAGGGCUUGUGAGGAUGGAGGACACACCUGAAUACCUCGAGACCUACAGGAACCUUGUCAUUACACCCACCUUCACCAGCUACUUACACGGCAUUCAGCAGCAUUUCAACAGCUUCAGCACCACAGUAAGAUUGUGCAAACGCUGGGUGUCCUGCCAUCUUCUCGGGGAUCACGUGAACAGUGACGUCAUAGAGCUGUGUGUUGCUUACUUGUACACGUCUCUUCGUGGUCCCUACAUGCCUCCCGGUUCUCCAAUGGUCGGUUUCAUGCAGUUUCUUCAACUAAUUAGCACUCACGAUUGGAAACUGCAGCCUCUAAUCGUCAACUUCAAUGAAGAGUUCACAGCACCGGAUUAUACAGAGAUAGAAUCAUUUUUCCAUAAAAAUCGAUCCAGCUUGCCAAGCCUUUUCAUCUCAACUCCCAUCGACAGGCACUUUUCCUACAUCACCUCGCCAUCACCUCUCAUGCUCCAAAGGUUGAUCAUCGUUGCAAGGGCUUCCCUUAAAACUCUUGAAAGUCUCUACUUGGAUUUAUCUGUCAACAAAAAAGAGUUCAAACAAGUGUUUAGGCCACCAAUCUCCGAUUACAACGUGCUGAUCCAUUUGGACCUGUUGAAAUGCAGCAGACCUCAGUUGGGUUUGGACUUCAAAUAUACAUCUGAACAACCUCCUCCCAAGCCAUCGAGUCGAUCUGACGAAUGUUUCCCUCUCGUUGAGUUUGAUCCCGUCCUGCUCUACCUUCGAGACUUGAAGGAGUCAUUCAACGAUUUCGCAUAUUUCUUCUACGACGUGUAUGGAGGUGCGUUCAUUGCUGUGGCCUGGAGACCAUCAGCAUACAAGGGAAAGCCAUAUGACGAAUCUUCCAUGAAGUUUAAUAAACUAGUAGAAGAAACUUUGAAUUCUGAGCAAGCGCUUAUGAUUGCUGACGAAGAAGCUAUUGUGGAUGAGUUUCAAUCUUUGGGAUUUGGACUAGUUAAAAAUAUUGAAAUUUUAAAACCAAUAAAAUUUUGUAAUUAAAUUUGUAACAAAUCUAUAAUUUGUAAUUAUUAGCUUGUGGUAGGUUCAUUUACAAAAUUGUUCUAAUUUUAUUUGAGUUUCAACCGUCUGCGUUAUGAAUAAGAAAUCGUGAAAAAGU